GCGCCGCAGCAGCCGCGCUAUGCGCCAUGCAGGUUCCCGGGCGGCCGCUGGUAUUCUCGCACGCAGCUUCCCGGGCGCAGCAGCCGUCUCGGUGUGUGGCGCCGAGGCAGGCACACAAAAGAGCGGUUGCGACUGCCCCCCGGGUCCGGGUCCGGCGCCGCGGGGCGGGGAGCGGCCCCGCCGCUGUCAGCACGUAAUCGCAUAGAAAUGAUUGUCAUAUAAGGAGUUGGCUAUGGCAAACAGGAAAUGUCAAAGCACUACAGCCAGCAUGCUGGAUCACAGAGUGAGAGCUUGCCCUACUUCAUCUCACAACAGGGAGCCUGAAAGCAAGGAAAGCGAUCUUCCUAUUGAAGAUUAUGCAGCAAAGGAGGCAGAACUAGCAACUGUCAGACAAGGUAGUGCUACACCUGUGGAACAUGAGUGCAACGAUCAUAGUGGAGAUGGUGACUCCAGCUCUGACUAUGUGAAUAACACCUCUGAGGAGGAGGACUAUGAUGAAGGCUUACCAGAGGAAGAAGAGGGGAUUACAUACUACAUUAGAUACUGUCCGGAGGAUGACAGUUACCUGGAAGGAAUGGACUGCAAUGGAGAAGAAUAUGUUCCACAUGAGGAACACACUGUUGAAACAGAUGAAUGUCAGGAAGCUGUAGAAGAGUGGUCUGAAGGUAAAAUUCAGCACCAAGAUGAAAGUGAGGUGACAGACAGGCAAGAGUGGCAAGAAGGUCAAGACAAUGGCAUUCAGGUUUUGGAGGAUGAAGCAUCAUCUUUGGAGAUACAAGACCAAGAAGAGAACAUACAGUAUUGUCAAAGUGAAGGUGGCUAUCCGGACUAUUACCCAGUAGAGGCUAAUGGAAACUCACAGGGUAUAUCACCAUAUCAUUCUAGAAAAGAGGAUGCAGAGCUAGAAGAGCAAGAAGAGGACAUUGACCAGAUUGUAGCAGAAAUCAAAAUGAGUAUGAGCAUGAGCAGCAUUAACAGUACAACCGAAAUGAGUCCAGAGCACACUGGGACUGAAAACAUGGCACAUGACUAUAAAGAGACUUGUUCAAAGGGAGAAGCUGUUCACAGUGCUAACAGGCAUGAGGGGAGGCCAAAAUCACUGAAUAUCCCAUCUGCCUCUAAGCACAGUGGAGAUGUGCCUAGAGGUUUUAAAGCCAAGUCAAGAACCCCAGAGGACAGACCGAAGUGGCCACAAGAGCAGAUGUGCAAUGGUUUAGAGCAGCCAAGGAAACAACAGCGUUCUGACCUCAAUGGCCCAGUUGAUAAUAAUAAUACACCCGAGACAAAGAAAGUGUCUUCAUUUCCAAGUUUUGUUGAUGUUCCAGGACCUUGUGAACCUGAAGACCUCAUUGAUGGAAUCAUCUUUGCAGCCAAUUACCUGGGCUCUACGCAGCUGCUGUCCGAGCGCAACCCUUCCAAAAACAUAAGAAUGAUGCAGGCCCAAGAGGCAGUGAGCCGUGUUAAGACUUCGGAGGGAGAUUCCCAGGCCUUGACCGAAGUGGAUCUGUUCAUCUCCACACAGAGAAUCAAAGUUUUAAAUGCAGACACACAGGAAACCAUGAUGGAUCACGCACUGCGCACAAUCUCAUAUAUUGCUGAUAUUGGUAACAUCGUGGUUUUAAUGGCACGGCGCCGCAUGCCAAGAUCAGCUUCUCAAGACUGUAUUGAAACAACACCUGGUGCCCAGGAAGGAAAGAAGCAGUACAAAAUGAUAUGCCAUGUCUUUGAAUCAGAGGAUGCACAGCUGAUAGCUCAGUCAAUCGGUCAGGCUUUCAGCGUGGCUUACCAAGAAUUUUUAAGAGCAAAUGGAAUUAACCCAGAGGAUCUCAGUCAAAAAGAAUACAGUGACAUCAUCAAUACCCAAGAGAUGUACAAUGAUGACCUCAUACACUUUUCCAAUUCAGAAAACUGCAAAGAGCUCCAGCUAGAAAAACAGAAGGGAGAAAUUCUUGGCGUAGUGAUUGUGGAAUCUGGAUGGGGAUCCAUUCUACCCACCGUUAUCCUGGCUAACAUGAUGAAUGGAGGCCCUGCUGCCCGUUCAGGAAAAUUAAGCAUUGGAGACCAAAUUAUGUCUAUUAAUGGGACCAGUUUAGUUGGUCUACCUCUUGCAACAUGUCAAGGGAUUAUAAAGGGUCUCAAGAAUCAGACGCAAGUCAAACUGAACAUUGUCAGUUGUCCUCCUGUCACUACUGUCCUCAUAAAACGGCCAGACUUAAAAUACCAGCUGGGCUUCAGCGUACAGAAUGGAAUUAUUUGCAGCUUGAUGCGAGGUGGAAUAGCUGAGAGGGGAGGGGUAAGGGUAGGUCAUCGUAUUAUUGAGAUCAAUGGACAAAGUGUUGUUGCAACUGCUCAUGAGAAGAUAGUACAAGCGCUGUCUAAUUCAGUGGGAGAGAUUCAUAUGAAGACUAUGCCAGCUGCCAUGUUCAGGCUUCUAACUGGGCAAGAGACACCCCUAUACAUCUAGCUUGUGACUCUCUUGCAGCAACAUAAAUAAAUGAUUCCAUCAGAGCUGAAGCCCUCAUAGCUGAAGAGAGCUUUGUAUUUUGUAUGAAUGAAAGGCUUUGAAGCUGACCUGAGGACUCUGACACAAGGAACAGACAGGUGUCUGCCUUUUCUCCUUCCUUUUUAUUUCUUUGCCAAAAAGUAAUGAGAAGGAUGGUCAAAGACAAUAAUCACCAACACAAAAUCUUUGUAAAACACUUAAGUAUUUUGCAACAUCCUCUAAACUCUUUUCUCAUAAAACUUAAAACAUAUUUAUUUGUAACCUUUAUGUGGAGUGAUGUAUGUAUGUCUGUCCUGUUUGAUAACAUGGCGAAUGUGAAAACUUGACAAAUGAGACUGCAGAAAAUGGCAAAGAUAAGCAAUUAGACAAAGCUAUGGCUGCCUCAAGCUAAAAAAAAAUCCCAGUCCCAUAAAGCGGUCCACUACUGAUGGCAUGGUGUGAUUUUAAAACUGGUGCCAAAUAGAUGGUAUUUCAGUGGAAAGGAAUGUGUGCAGUUAAAACUUUUAGAUUCUAAUGUAAAGAGAACCACUGUAGUACUUGGUAUUGUUAUGACAAGUGUAACCUGUUUGGCAAGGUGUGAACAUAAAUAUGUAACAAGUGUUUCAUAUGCUAAAUAAAGAAUAAUUGCCACAAGAUAAAAAUCAAAAUAUUUAUUUAGAUACAUAUUUAUUUUUAAUGCUUGUGAUUUUUAUGAUUUAACAGAGUGAUUUCAUGGAUAACUUAUUGCACAGUUUUGUGUAAUGUAUGUGUUGGGCUGUUUUUUUUUUUGUUUGUUUGUUUUUUUUAACUUUUGCAUAUUACUUUUUUGUUUAUAUUAGCUCUAAACGGGAAAGCCAUGCUUACCUGUUUUCUGUUUUUUAUAAAGCAUUCUUAUUCCUGAGGCAAUGUGUUUUGAAUGUGAAUUGUUUUGACAAAUAACCUAGCACCAUCAGCAGUAUUAGAUUGUGUGUAGAUUAAAAAAAAAGUAGUAAAGUUGUAUUCCUUAUGACAUAAAUGUUAAUUGGUGUAACUUUUUGUCUAGGUUUUUUUUGGGGAGGGGAGGGGCAAAGUCUUGAAGAAAAUACACUGUGACUUAAGAAGCCUUACCAUGCAGUAACUAAAGAGCUUUAGAUGACUGUACUUCAAGGAGUAGUGUGUUGCAUGCAACUGACCUUAGGAAAGAAUUAACCUACUAUCACUAAUAAAUCUGAAAAAAUAAAUAAAGCUUGCUUAUUUUG